CCGAGAAAUGGCAGCUCCCAAGUGCGGUCUUUCGGUUUUCCUAUUCAUUCUCUUCGGUUUGACGAUAACCACUUUGGCAGACGGUCAUGGAAGUACUUUGACUGAUGGCCAGAAUGCCGGGGCGGCUGAUAGUCCAGAAGCGGCGGAACCAGCGGCGGAGCGGCCCGUGCUGGAGGAGAGACGGUGGGAAGCGACCGAGGUUCAAGAAGCGACCUCGAGUGAUGCUGCAGACGGGAAACAGGAGACAUCUCCCCCUCAAACUGUCAUUACCCCGUCAGUACCACAGCCGAAAGACGACUUUCAGGAGGAGUUAGUGAUCAGACCCCUGCAUUCAGGAGAUAUUUAUGCCAGCUUCCAGUUUCGCACUCUGUGGGAGACAGAUUUCAUGAGGGGAAACAAAGUAUCCCACUACCGGCUGUUUCCCAAAUCCCUGGGCCAGGUCAUUUCCAAGUUCUCCGUGCGAGAGCUGCACAUCUCCUUCACUCAGGGCUACUGGAGGACCAUGCAGUGGGGACAGCCCUUUCUGCCCUCCCCUCCUGGAGCUGAGCUCUGGGUUUGGUUUCAGGACACAGUGACAGAUGUGGAUGCCACAUGGAAGGAGCUGACCAAUGUCUUGUCCGGUAUCUUCUGCGCCUCCCUGAACUUCAUCGACUCGACCAACACCGUUCAGCCCAGUGCCUCCUUCAAACCACUGGGGAUCGGCAACGUGACAGACCACCGCUUCCUUCGCUACGCCACCCUCCCACGAGAGAUAGUUUGCACGGAGAAUCUGACACCUUGGAAGAAACUGUUGCCAUGUGGAUCCAAGGCUGGUCUCGCCGUCCUGUUGAAGUCUGAGAAGCUCUUCCACAGCAGUUUCCACUCCCAGGCGGUGCACAUCAGGCCAGUGUGCCGCGACUGGCAGUGCAGAUCAAUGUCUUGGGAGCUGAGACAGACACUGAACGCAGUGUUUGACCUGCACACGUCUGGGCAGGGAAAACGAGAGUGGUCUUUGUUUAAGAUGUUUUCUCGGACGCUGACAGAAGCUUGUCCGCUGGCCUCCUCCAGCAAAAUAUACAUCGACGUCACAGACAACCCUGAGGGAGAGCAGUUUGAUCUCAGCCCAGCCACUUCGCUCCUGAGUCAGGCUGUGGUGCUCGGCGACAGGCGCACUUUCUCCGUCUACGAUCUGACCCAACAAGCCACCUUUGGCAGCGUGCGCUCACUCAACCUGCUGAUCCGCUGGAAGUCCUCUGACGGGGACAUGCUGCGUCCGCUGCUCCACGCCGAGCGCUACGUGGCCGGAUACGGGCUUCAGGCGGGGGAGAUUCACACGCUCAUGUACAACCACCACCCCUUCAGGUCCUUCCCCGUGCUGCUGCUGGACUCUGUUCCCUGGUACCUUCGCCUCUACAUCCACACGCUGACCGUCACCAGCAAAGGAAAGGACAACAAGCCAAGCUACAUCCACUACCAGCCGUCUAAAGACCGCGUGAGGCCCCACCUGCUGGAGAUGCUGGUCCAGCUUCCUCCCAACUCCGUGACCGAGGUCACAGUGCAGUUCGAGAGGGCUCUGCUCAAAUGGACCGAAUACACACCCGACCCCAAUCACGGCUUCUACGUCGGGUCUUCAGUGAUCAGUUCUCUUGUACCAAGCACAGUCGCCAUGGAUACAAACAGCACCCAGGAAAUGCCACUUUUCAGCUCCUUUUUUCCAAAUAAAGAGGAGUCCAGCUACUUUGUUCGCGUCUACACGGAGCCCCUGCUCGUCAACCUGCCCACACCAGACUUCAGCAUGCCGUACAACGUCAUCUGCCUGACCUGCACGGUUGUGGCCGUGGGCUACGGCUCCCUAUACAACCUGCUGACCAGAAGCUUCCAGAUAGAGGAGCCCAACCCCGGACUGGCCAAGCGGAUAGCCAAUGUGAUCCGCAGGAUGAGAGGCGUUCCACCGCUAAGCUGAAGAAACUAAACAAGAGCAAAGUGGACUCUCUUCCAAGGGAACCUGUGUUUGAUUCAGGAGGAAGUAAGUCAAACACUGAUGUGGAGGGUUUUUUCCCCCCACCAAAGUUUUACUUGAACGAGACAAUUAAUGUUGAACAUUUUUUUUAUUUGGGAUAUUUUCCUGAAAGACAGAAAAAUGCUACUUUUGGGUUUUCUUGGAUGAAAAAUGGGACUUUUUGAUAUUUUGACAACUAAAGGAGCCAAACCUGAGCCCUGAGCUGCAGGAGCUUGUAACUGCACCGAUGUUCAGUUUGAUUUUCAUCACAGAUACUUUACAAUGCAGUGAUGCUGCUGUCACUCAGACAGGUGAGGAAACUGUGGUCAGAUGACUCUUCUACCAUCAGGUUGGUUUGAUUUCACCUGUCUUUGAGGCUCUUAUUUAUAUUUGAAAUGUUUUUACCAGAAAAUGUUUAUGAAAUUAAGUGUGUAUCAUUGAAUGUGUUUCCACCGUCUUCUCAACUGUCUUGCGACUACUGAUUAAAUAUGGUCGGCUUAUGAAAACAAAUUGAACAAAUGAAUGAAUCUCCUUAAUUUCAGCUAAACUUGAGCAGCAGGGUCAGUGUCUUCUUCACCCUUGAGCUGUGAGAGGAAAUUCAUUCAUUCUGAAAUACAUUUUUUUUUUUUUUUUUUUUUUGCAGGGGUCAAACAGAAAUGUACAACUUACCCAGAAAUAUUUUAUAUCAUAUAAAAGUGAUUUUUGGACAUGUUGUUUUGUACAAGUUGUAGAAAAUAUCUACCGAAAUGCAGAACAAUACUAAAAACUAAAAUUCUUUUUUUUUUUUCUUUUUUUUUUUAUUGGUGCUUAAUUAUGUUGAUAUUUGAAUUUAUUUGUUCCAGAGAAGAAGAAGGAAAAAAAGGUUUUUCCAAACGGUUUUGCACUGAUAUAUGAAUGCAUGCUUGAAUGCUAAAUACGACUGUCUCCAUGAUUACAACCCUUUUAGCUUGCCGAAUCUGUGUCUCACUCACUCAUCAGUUCAAAAUUGUUUUCUAACAUUAUAAUUAGGUGAAAUAGUCGCUCAUACCUUAAACGCUGCCAUACGUUUGUUUCUUCUUUUACACUGUGAUCUCUGACAUGAUUAUCUACCAAGAUGUUGGUUCUGUUUUCCUUUAGCUUGGUGAAUAUUGGCGUCUGUACUGUGUGUUUGUGACAGGACUGUUCAAUAAACUGAGCGCUAUCUUUCA